AUGGUUGACGCCGCCUGCCGCAUUGCCGGAAAACAGGAGAUCUACGUCUUCUCCGGCCGACAUUAUGGUCGUGUCAGAUUUAGCCAAGGAGGCCCCGAGCAUAAUCUUGCUGCAGGCCCCACGCUCUCAAGCAAGGGUUGGAACACUCUGCCUAAGAUGGGCUUUGGUACAGUGGACACUAUUGUGCCUGUGCCGGGCCACGAAAACCAACUUUACGUUUUCUUCGGAGGCCGAUAUGCCAAGAUCAAGCUUGAAAACUACGACGAUAGCUUUGUCAACGACGGCGCUCGUCCUAUUACCUCUGGAUGGAAAUCACUCGUCCAGGCGGGCUUUGACACUGUGGAUGCAGCAAUGCUCACCCCAGGAACAAAGAAUGAGAUGUACUUUUUCAACGGCUUGAACUAUGUUCGUCUGGAUAAUAGUACCGACAAGAUGGUCAAUAAGGUUGCACCUAUUGCACAGGGCUGGCCGAGUCUUGUUCAAGCUGGCUUUGAUAGUGUUGAUGCUAUUGUUCCGAGCCCGCAUGGUCAGGACCUCUACUAUGUCUUCCGCGGGGAUCAAUUUGCGGUGAUCAAAGUGGAUAGCAAUAGGCAAGAUAGUCUUGUUUCGCCCCCGAAGCCAAUCAGCUCCGCGUGGAAGGCUUUGGAUGGAUGGGUUUAG